UAAACAUCGGAAUCGAACGUUACGCAUCCGUGAGCCAGGAAAAAGGAUAUCGUAUUUCACACCGUGAAUCCGCCUCUUCUACUUCGGUCGUCAUGAUGGUGUGCUGAGGGGUGGAGUGUCCAGUCAGCGUGAAUGACACUAUGCAACAUGACGUCGUGGUUCCCGGUAGCAGCGGUGUUGUUCUAGCUCCGAGUUUGGCGAUGGAUGUAAGCGGUGCAGCUGGGAGCAGUGGCGAACGAGAACCGGAAGCCGUGGGCCGCGGCUUUCGGCACAGGAAAACCCGCCUCGAUCCUAUGUGCUGUCCGAUCUGUGGCAUUACGCUGCGGCCGCAAGAGAUUGAUCAGCAUUUCGCGGUUGAAGUUGAUCGGCUGGAGCGCAUCCUGAAGCCAAAGAGGCACCUCAGUGGUGGCGGCUGCGGUAGUGGUGACGGUGGUAGCAAUGUUCCGGGUCCGAGUAGCAGCACAGCCGGCAGUAGCAGUAGCAACGGUACUGGAGAGACCCGUAGUCACAGUUCGAAUGGCCAUGAUGAACAAAGGGGCGCCGUUGUUGCACCCGACGAGUGCUGGGGAACGUACCAGAAGAUAAAGAACAACAGACAGGCCCGUCUGAAGUUGAAAUCGAGAAAGCGAAAACCGGAAGAUAACGUGUGUCCGAUCUGCAACAAGGUAACGCUAGAGGACAUAACACUACACGUGGAGAGCUGCCUGCGGAAAACGGAGGGCCAGCGCAAUGGUCAUGAGGACGCGGAGGACGAUGAUGACGAUGACGACGAUGCGUCGAUCGAUGUCGAGGAAGUUUCGUAUGAAACGUACGAAUGGGCCGGCCAGAAGCGUAUUCGUUCGACCACCCUACUUCCACCGACAGCAUUGGCCGGGGUGGCGGUGCGGGUUACCAAUGCGGACGAUACAGACGACGAGCUGAACGUGGAUGGGGACGAGAGUCAGGUGUACGGUCCACCGCAGUACUCGGAACGGGACGUAAUCGUUUCAUCCGACGGUUCGGCUUCCGGAGCGCUCCGCCAGCUGGUGAUGGCCAACGAACCGCACACCAUCAAGCCACCUAAUAGCCCGGGCGAGGGCACGAGUAAACUCCCAUCAGCCGGUGCCAGUGGCGCAAGCGGUUGCUAUGGGAAACACGACGAAGCAGUGCUGCUGAGUGAAGCAACGAGCGCUGCCGGUGCAUCGGAACGGACGAUCGUGGAAUCUCUGAAGGCGAAAGUACGCGAGUACGAGGGCUACAUACGCAACCGGCCGAAAUGUUUGAUCUGCAUGGACGACUUCCGUAAGCCGGUCGUGUCCGUUUGCUGCUGGCACGUGUACUGCGAGGAAUGCUGGUUGCAUACGCUCGGUGCACGCAAACUAUGUCCUCAGUGUAGCAUGAUCACAUCGCCAACGGAUUUGCGGCGCAUUUAUCUCUAAUCGCCUACUGUCACCCGUAGUUCAAUAGCGAUCGAUAACGACAAUAAGCCAUUAAUGUGCAUCAUGACCCAGACCUCAACUUCGCAGUUAUUGUAUGUUGCGGUCUGAUCGCGUCAAACAAACGCGGCACGCCCUCCACGAAGCCGCGGUAGUGAUUUUUAACAAUAACUAAACGAACUAAGACAUAACUAAGAGAGACGACGGUAACGUGGCUAACGUUGAGACUGCAAGGGUUAUGGCAUCGUGGGCCAGUUCUGCUGAUUGCUACGCUCCGUCACCAUUAGUCUCUUCAGCGAAUUUAACCACCAUUCCGAUUAGAAUAAGUCUUUCUUUCACUCAUAUUGUUUGUGUAUUUACAAUAACGAAGAAGAUAAUACAAUA